CUUUUUUUUUUUUCUUUUUGACAGCGGAAAUGAGCAGUAGCCUUUUUUUUCCGCGUCAACUUGGUGGCUGAAAGUUUUCUUUCCUCUUUCUGUUGCGGAGGACCGGGCGCGUGCAGUCACCAUGAGAGAGAGAGAAGGCGAAGGGCUAAACUGCACCUUUUCCGCUGAAGUCCACUCUCCACUUCUUCUAGAAGCUACUUUUGUUUAGAUGCUUCUCCGCACAUUUCCGUUAUGCGAAGUCCAACUUGGUGGCUAGUCGUCGUGCCGCGGUGGGUGCCCGUCCGAGAUAACGGAGAACCAGUGAUUCUCACCCAGUCUGGUUACUGCAAUGAAUGGUAACACUAUCCAUCCAGCCAACACCACUUCAGCAGGAGGUCCAAGUGUAGCAGCGCCCCCAAGAGGCUGGAGGGAAUUCUGCGAGCUGCAUGCCAUCGCCAUAGCCCAACAGCUGGCUGAACAGUACCGGAGGUUUGCCAGAGAACGUCUGCAACAUGACGUGGUCCCACCAGAGGCCUUUUCCAAGCACUUCACUGACACCUUCCAGCACCACUUCUGCUCUGAGGUCAACAAAGAUGGGACUCCACUCAGCCAGAGCACUGCUACUCCCGUUAGUGCCUCCUCCACAUCGCCACUGGCCUCUCCCCUUCCACCACACACUGUGAACAGCUGCUUAAGGAUUUCAUCUUUUUCUGGGGCACAGGAUUAUCGGGAGGCGGGCCGGCCGAGUAGAGGAGCUGCUCCAAUCUCUGUGGCGCCAAAGGUGGAGUCGGUGGUGGUGAGCAGGGAGCAGGAGCAGCCGCUGAGAUGUGCUGCAAGAAACUCCUUUUCKGAAUCUCUCAGUAUCGGCAGUCGGUCGCUGCUGAUUCAUAGCCAUAGCAGUGACGAAAUCUCUGGCGCUGACCGUCACCAAGUGUCUGAGCGGUACUCCUCCGAGUCCUUGGCCUCCAGCCCUGGACAUGGUGACGUCACACAUUUCUCUGUCAGACAAAUCCAGCAGACAUUAAAAUGGAUUUUUCCAAAACGGCCCUUGACCAGUCCCCGCUCAUCCCAGGACCUGUCCCCAAGCACCCCUCCAAACAACAGCAAUCCCCCAAACACUGUUGACAGAGUAGGGGGGAUUUCCUCUGCCAACGAGGAAGGGUCAUCCUCAUCCUCUUCCUCUCAUUCGUCCUCUUUUGUGAACUCUGAAGCCGUGCCCCACACCACUUCAACCCGGCCUGGCGUGGUCUCUCACCUCCUAGAUAGUUUCCGUAGGUUACGCAACCGAAGCAUGAGGCAGAGGAGGCCAGAGACGAGUGGCUGCUGUAAAGAUGGCCAACUCAAGUACCUGCUGGUGGAUGACACUAUCUCAGACUCUCAGCCCCGCUGGCAACGCUGCCGCCUGCUGGUCAGGAGGAUCAGAGACACUCAGAGUGGAGGAGGGAGCGAAAGGUACCAGUUGGAGCUCUAUGAUCCUCCAAAGGCAUCCAGUCCCAAACUCACGACUCAGUGCUCAGAUAUCCAAGAAGUCCGUCGCUGCACCCAACUGGAAAUGCCCGACAAAUUAAACACAUUUGUUUUAAAGGUUAAUCGAGGUAGUUUGAUAUUUGAGACAGACAACGACCAGCAGGUCAGCUCCUGGACCACAGAGCUAAAAGAAUGUGUCAACAACAGGUCAGGCAGCGUGGAUCUGGAGUCCCCCCUCACAUCAGCUGACAGCUCUGCUCCCGUCAAUCAGAGAGGGAGCUCCGAGUCGGGAAGUCAAAGUCCCAUCACCUUCACCCUCCCCGAGCAGGUCACCCAGAAGACCGACCACUUCCUGUUUUCCUACCCCUGGUUCCAUGGGCCCAUCUCCCGUGUCAAGGCGGCCCACCUGGUCCAGAGCUCCGGAGCCGAAGGUCACGGCGUGUUUCUGGUCCGACAGAGCGAGACACGAAGGGGGGAUUACGUGCUCACGUUUAACUACCAGGGCAAGGCGAAGCACCUGCGCCUCUCUCUGACUGAAUGGGGUCAGUGCAGGGUGCAGCACCUGCGCUUCCCCUCCGUCAUGGACAUGCUCAGCCAUUUCCGCCUCUUCCCCAUCCCGCUGGAGUGCGGAGCAGCCGGCGCCGUCACGCUGUCCAGCUUCGUAGUGGCGGGCUCAAGCCCCCCAUCACAGGGUCAGCUCUCAGGCGCUCUCCUCGUCCCGUUCUCCCUCCACCGCUGGAGCUCAGAGCCCAGCCUGGCUCACUGCAGCCUGGCCCGCAGCUCCACCCAGCCGCCGGCGUUCCGCUCCACCUCCAGCAGCAGCACCACCACCUCCAGCCCCAGCUCCCACCCGGCCCGCACCGUCCCCGCUCCCGAACCCAGCCCGGCGGCGCCCCUCCCUCUGAGACGGAGCGAGUCGGUGGGGCGGAGGCCCCUGCUCCGGAACCCCCACGCCCCCAUCAUCCCCCAGCGGGACUCGGACUACGAGCUGGAGCCCGACCGCGGCCGCAAACGGGCCAUAGACAACCAGUACAUGUUGCUCUGAUCCCCCACACGCCAUCAGGGAGUCAGAACGUAAACCUGACGGAAACAGCGAUGAACUCGAGGGAUCAAAGCAGCCAGACCCUCACCACCUCCAGUGUCCACAGUGAAUGUAUUUUUGGAGUUUAACUAACAUGUUGACUCUGAGAACUAACCUUGUGUCGAGGUUCUGAGACAGAGUCUCACAUCAGUAUUGUCCUCAAAAAAAAGUUUUGAAUAUUUCUGUUGUAGAGAUUUUUAUAGAGGUGCACUUGAUGUUAUUUCCUUGGCACUUAACCUGAACCGAUGCCUGCAGAAUCCUCCUCGCACAAAGUUCCCAGCAUGGAGCAAACUUCCACCUUUUUACACAAACAGCACUCCUUUUAGAGUGUCAUUCCAUUAUAUUCUUCCUCAUUGUGUAUUAUUAUUAUUAUUAUUAUAAUUAUUAUUAUUAUUAUAUACUGAAGUGCACAUGGCUUUUAGUGCACUUUUUAAAAGUGUAUUUUUCGAUACACGGAAACUUUUUGUAGAAAAAUCCAAUGAAAAAUCAAGUAAAAAGGAGCAAAGUUUGGUCCGUUCGGUCAGGAAGCUUUUCUAGAAACAGACUGCUCUCAUCUUCCGCUAAAGCAACUUAAAAUCACAUUUCAGGAUCAGAUUUAUUCAGUGGUGUCACCUGAAACUUCUGGACAUGUCUGGUGUGGGGUUCUGAAGAUCAGGGGAGGCCGCUUGAUCGAACCGAUCUGUCUUUAAGGUUGAAAUUAGGUCUUUAAAAAUGUCAAAGAAUCCAAGAAAAUGCCACAAAAUCAAUGAGAGCAGAGUGACGUGUUCAAAAAUGCUCAAAGUUGAAAGUCGAGUAAAACACUCKUGUUUUUUUUUUCUAGUGUUUCUGAGAAAACAAUCCAGAGUUAUUUUAUUAUUUUUAUACAUAUACUGACACAACUACAUUUUGUAUGGAUUUUAACAUAUUUCUUAUAACAUUGACCUCAGAAAUAUCAAAAUAUACUUAAUGUAAAUAAAAAUAAUUUAUUGUUCGCUCAUUGGUUCACUCUGCUUUCUUGACUCGUGGUCAAAAAAUAAAUUGUUCUGACCCAGGACGUAAACUUGGAUCAACAGAAAGCUCCACUUCCAGACCAAAACAAMAAAACUAGAGCAAUUUUAUAUUUCAGCUGCCUCAGUUCUCAGCAGAAACGAAAGGUCAGAGACUUGAAGCUGUUUUUGAAAUAUUUGCCUUUUUAAAUGUUGGUGUCGUUGCAGCUUCUGAAAACAUUGACGAUACAGUCUAUUUUUCUCCACGACUUUGGGAGUUUAGCAUCUGUUUCUAGCUUUACUUUUCACACUCAGCAUUAAGUCUUUAAAGUUAGUUUUUAUCGUCACAACAGCAGCUAAAACCAAAGAGGCUGUGAGAAAUAAUGGGAUCACUAUAUWUUUUUUAAUUUAGUCGCUUCGGAAGGUUUAAUCCAAAGUGUCCCGAGAUGUUUCACACCAGCGACACUCGUUUGUCCUCUGUGCCCUUUUCAACAAAUAAAAGUGCCUUUAAAAAGGUUUAAAGCUGCACUGAUCACAACAAACUCAGGUUGUUUUUAUUCGAUCGCUGAAAGGUGAACGUUUCUAGGAGGAUGUCCAAAAAUGAACCAAAGCCUCAAAAUUUGUCUCAUUUUUUUUGCACAAAAAGCAUUUAAGAUUCAAAUCCACAGGUUAACCCAAACCUUUGAGUAAAAGUAAAAAAAAUAAUAUUUUUAUUUUAAAUCUAAAGCUUAAGAACCAGGGUGACUGAAGAUGUAGUGUGCAAAACGACGUCUGUCUUCUUUGCUUUAACACUAACUUUAAUCCAAAUUUUAUUAGAUUCAGUAAAUUUGUGCUUAACAUUUAGUUCUGACCUUUUUCUUUCUUCUUCAACUUUUGCAGUUUCCUGUAACUACAGCUUGAUUUCCUCCAUUUUAAUCUGUUCUAAUAAGAAUAACCUUGUUACGAUACUUUGACUAACAUUUCUACAAUGGUUUUGUCGUUCUGUCUGAAGUAUCAUUGUGGUCAAGACUGACAUCUUAAGGGGAACAAAACAAGGAUGUUUUUGGCAAAAGUACGGUUGGUCUUCCUGCUCUUUAUGUUCCUGAACAGAUCCCUCGUCACCUCUGUUUCAUUUCUGCUAAAGCAGAGUAACGGUAAAAAAUAACAAAAAAAAUUUAAUUAACGAAAAACUACUCUGAGCAUCAGUCAUUUUUCUUUCCUGGAAAAUCACUGUGCCUUUGCCACAAAGCUGCUGUUGCUUUUCCCCUUUUUUUUUAUUUUUUCAAAAGCUCAGGGUGUGAUUGUGUAGUGCAAUAAAAGAAAGAUGCUUCACACCUUUCUGCAGAUGUUAGGAACAAUUUAGAGCUUGCAGCUGCUUGGAAAAUAAAAGAUAAAAAUCACGACUCCUCAGAAAUCAUGCUGUGUUUAGAACCAAAGCUGCCUUUUUUUUUUCUUUUAAAUGCCGGCAAGAAUCGAGUUAAAGCUUCACCUCUGCUCCAGGAAUAGCAUCGCCGCCCCGCCUCCCGUCCCUCCGUGCGCUCAUUUGAAAAAUGUCCCGUUUAUAAAUGUAAUGUGUUCUCGAUACUGUUCAUCCUGUUUGUUAACUUCGCACUGUAAAACAUUCCAGUUCAACCCGACGUCCCGUCUUUCAGACGAACCACAACAGCUUCUGAAAUGUUUCACUGGGUCAGCAUCCCUUUCAGUUACAAGCAUCUAAAUUAUACUAAAUAUAUAACAACUGUAUGUUUUGACUCUUUUUUUAAAUAAACAUAUCCAAGAAAAUGAAA